AUGAUAAUAUUAAUUUGUAAAUCAAAGCAAGAAGAUCAACAUAUAAUUCAUACUUUAUUUGCUGAACGAGAUAAAAAUGAUAUUUUUUAUUAUGGAUUUGUUGAUAUAGAUAAAUAUGAAUACAAUAUAAUAAACACAUUAAAAGUUGAUGAUGUUGGAGAUCCUCAUAAAAGAAAAUAUCCAAUUUUACCAUCGGCAUAUGAUCCUUCCAAUGAUAUUGUAUUUAUGUCAGCUAUAAAUAAUCAAAACAAAAUAGUAUUGAGUGCAAUUAAUGCUACAGCUGGUAUUCUUUUGCAUACAUUUGACUCAAUUCCAAAUGAAAUUAUUUCUCUUCAAUAUGAUAUAUUGAAUAAAAAAUUAUUUGCACAUACUGAAACUGAUGAUAAAAAUUUAACACAAAUUGUAGAAAUCGAUACAAAUACUGGAAACUUUAUAGAUAUUCUAUGA